CCCAUUAAAACCCCAGUGACUUGACUCUUCAGUCAUAUUGUGUCAUAGGUUCAGAGGAGUUUGAAUCUGUGAACACUUGAAGUCCUCAUUUUCAAGUUAGCCGGUACUCCCACGUGUAUACACAUUAGUCACCCCUCGUUAAUUUUCCCAGGCCUUGUGACGGAAUCAGGUCGUGUAUAAAUGCUGCACCUGGCCAGAUAUCCGGAGGAGCGCCAGGCAGAGGAGCGGGGAAGCUUGUCUUUGUAAAGAAAAUAAUUUAAACCACAAAAGAAAAUGAACCCAAAUUUGUCCGUCUGCUGUUUAUCUUUGCUUUUACUGAUUAAUUUCGUAGGAGCCAGCGCCGUUUCUGAUCUACAGAGCCUGAAGCAGCUUCUACAGAAGGAGAUCAACACCGCACCAUAUUACUCAUCGGAGGAGAUGGAGGUGGUGCAGAAGGAUGGAAACGCGGACCAGGCGGUGUUCGGGGCUUCUGAACAGCGCACCUGGGACUCCCCCGACGCCAGCAACUCGGCUGUGGCGGCUACAGAAAAUAUCUUCGCGCGUCUCUUCAAAGAUCUCGUGCGGACUUCCAAGCGCUCGUGGAGCCGGUACAAGAAGGGUGGGCUGAGAAGCUGCUUCGGUGUCCGGUUAGAGAGGAUCGGCUCCUUCAGCGGGCUGGGAUGCUGAGGGCAUGGAUAACAUUGGAUUUUCCCAUGGACAUCAACACUGGAGCUCCUCUCAGUCACAACACUUUGAUUGUCACUUUAAAGACUCUUACUUCAGUCUCCCCUGUCCGAAGUUCAGAACUGUUGCAGAACUGAUUUCCUUUAUAUAUACUGUUAAAGCUUAAAUUAUUGUAAAUGUAUUUAUUAUUUUUUUGUUGGAUGAAGUAGAGUUGUCUUGUUGUAUUGUAGUAAAAUGUUAUUUUGCAAAAUAGCUGAGUCUGAUUUUUUCCUUUUAUUACACAAGUGAUAACAGCUUACCUAUUUUCAGAGGGACCAUUGUCAUGCUUUAAUGCACAUUAAAUAAACCAGUGUGUUAGAUGGUGAAUUAAUUUAAAUUAAAUGUAUUUUAUUAUUAUUAUUACAUUUUUAUAUUACUGUCAGCUGUAAGUUAUAUGUUCAGUGUAAACUAUUUUGGGUGGGAACGAGCAAACAUUGAAACAUUAAAUGUCAUUUUGGAACAUCAAGUCAAGACAUGCCAUUAGGAUUCAAAAAUAGUUACAAAAGGAUAGUGCUGGCAUCUGGUACAAUACCAGCAUCACCUGGAUGACCUAUCUGUAUGUUCUAGCAUCAUCAAAGUAUGACAUUACCACAACCAAGCCUUUUCAGCUAUUCUUCUAUAUUUUUAUUUUAUUUCACUUUACUAAUCCCAAGCUUGGAAAUUACUUCUCUGCAUUUAA